UGCAUCAGUUUAUGACUAAUUAUUACAAUUUAAAAUGCAUUUGAUUCUCAGGGCGGUUGUAACGCUUGGCAGUUUAAGUGUAGUGGUAAAAUUGCAGCACAUACCAUACCAAUAUUCAAACCUAAACCAAAUACCGAUCCUUAAAUUGUCGUACGAACCUAAUCCCGAUGGAUCCUAUGUGUAUCAGUACGAAACUGGGAACGGGAUCUCGGCUCAUCAGCGUGGAUACUUAAAGAAUCCCGGUAACCCUCAAACCGAAGCCCAAGUUAUGGAAGGAUCAUAUUCUUAUGUAGGUCCCGAUGGUGUUCAAUACACCGUUCAGUACCUCGCCGAUGAGAACGGUUAUCGGGCACAAGGCGCACAUUUACCCACGCCUCCACCGAUACCCGAAGCAAUCCAAAGAUCGUUAGCUUACAACGCAGCCCAUCCAGAAGUUUCAGGUGUAGGACGACUGAGGUUUAGAAAAUAG